AAAGUCCUUACUUUGUGGACAGAUUUUGGGUGGAGUAAAAUCUCUUCUCUUCCUCUCUGGUUAGUGCCAGUUCAACGCUCAUUGCAGAGGCGUUAGUAAACGUCAGCUAUCAUAUUUCAUACCUCGAGAGGUAGCCUAAUACGCUCCACCUGUUAGAUAAAAAUAAGACUUGCGUAAACGUGCUCAAUUUAGUAAUAGUGUCUAUUUGUAGGCACUAACUCCGCCAUGGACAAAGCCCGAGGAAAAUGAAUGGCAUUUUGGGGGAUAAACUCCGAUAAUAAUGUCUGUGGUAAACGCAUGCUUAGGAAAUCUUAUACGUUUUGUUGUAUGAAAUAAUAUUAAUCAGCUAAGGUCACUUUUUAAGUACAUUUUUGAAUGUUUUUUUUAAAGCACAAAAGCUUCAUAAUUCAUAAAAGUCAUGUUUAACUGACUGCUAUUCUAUCAGAACAAAACGUAUAAGAUCUAAGCCUGUGUAAACUGAAAACAGCAAUGCAAAAAUAAUAAUAAUUUAACCUUAUCAAUUUGAUUAGCUUGCUAGGUCUAUUGAAAGACCAGAGCUGUGUUCGAAUACUCGUACUAACUUUAGUAUGUGACGUAAAUGUAGUAUAUAGUUUGUAUGCCAAGUUCCGGGAUGUCCUACUACAUUCACCAAAAGCCGACGUAUACAAUCAGUGGACACUUUCAGCGAUUUUUUUUUAGGGCCUAUAAUGCAGAAAAUCGGCUAGGCUUCACAACGUUUUCAGAUUUUAAGAAAAUGGUCGGAAUAUAUGCAGCCAAAGGAUACAUUCAUUGCUUUAACUAAUUAUGACAAAUGUUAAGAAAAUGCUGACCAAUGUAAUGACUUUUCAAAUAAAUGACCUUACACGUUAUGUUGGUUGACAAUUAUGCUAACUACCCAAUACUUAUUGACUUGAUUAUUCCCGUAAUUUAGCGAAGUGGUAUAGUCAAUGCGCGUUCUCAAUGGACAUUAGGGUGCGUUCGUAAAUUCGUUCUAGCUAUCUACUCCGAUUUCAGAUGUGAAUUAACGGUAAAUGUAGGCUACUACUGGUGAUGUAUGUAAUGGGGAAUUGAUAGACGGCACACAAUUAAGUUUUGAAACAAUGAAUACCCACAAAAUAGCGGGAUAGAGUGCAUUCUGGAGAGAGACAUGCGUUUUGCAUCUAAGCCACAAUCCCCAAAUUCUUGGACCGUGACAUCCCUGCAGCCUCUUCAAUGGAUUAGCCCACUGAGACAGGAGUGCAUCUACAUUUGGAAGUUGUCAAUAUGUUCUCUGAGGAAGAGCAGACAUCCCCUACAUCCUCCUCUUCAUCGCCACCUCCAUCCUCCCACUUCAUCGGGAGGAAAGAAGACGUUGUCCAGGCCAAGCGUGUCACCAAGCUGGUGGGCGGGAGGGACGUGCUGGUUCUGUGCCACCAGGGAAAGCUCCACGCCAUGGACAUGCGCUGCUACCAUACCGGUGGACCACUGCAGGAGGGAGAUAUCGAGGAGUUUGAUGGGCGGAUGUGCAUCGUGUGUCCGUGGCACAAGUACAAGAUCACGCUGGCGGAAGGCGAGGGGCUGUACCAGGCGGUGAACCCCUCGGCUACACCCCCUAACCCCACCUGGCGCUCCAAAGGGGUCAAACAGAGGGUUCACCAGGUCACAGAGGUCAACAGGGAUGUGUAUGUCACAUUUAAUGACUCGCCGGACACCAUUGACUCUGACUUCUACCAGACAGAGAGAUACAGGGCCACUAUGAAUAAGGCCCAGCCCAAGACAAAGAAAUUACUCGAGAAGGUGACGAGCAGGAAAGUGUAAGGAUUUGGGCCAUUUUGGUUGGGAGAAAACCCUAGUGAUACUAAAUGUGUCUUUUGUUAGCACCGUGGAAUAGUAAACGGGCGGUGCAGGUACAAGACUGACUAAGUACUUCCCUAUCAGCAGCUCAAAGUGUAAUCUCUGGGUUAUCCUUUCGUAUCCUCCAGUGCACUGAGCUCAAUCUCAAUAUUUUCCAAGUUUUCAAACUUGUACACACUUAAAUAUGUUUAAAGAUUUUCUGUUUUUCUACA